UACAUUUACCGCUUGCCUACAUUUGCCGAAAAGAUGAGUCGGUUUGCUUUUCGAAACCGUCCAAGAAAGUUACCCAAGGGCAUGGGGCAUGACUCCGGUCCGCCUGGGAGGGAGAGGCGUUUGCAGAAAACUAUAUCAAUGCUUCUUCGUUUUCAGAGGAUUGAGGGAAGCUGGGGAGUAAUUAACGAAACUAGAGAGUACACAGAAGCACUUAUUGAAAGAGCUAUAAAAAAGGGACCAGAGGAUCCAGAAAUGAUGAAAUUGGCAAAUCAUUGGUGUUUGGAAAAGGAUUUAGUUCAUAUGCUAUUCAAAGAAUACGUACCUAGAUUCAGUCAUCCAAUGUAUCAAAAUAAGCCCUACCUUCAGCAAUAUCGCAUUGAGCUACAGCCGGGAAAGGAGUACCUGUACAAGAUGGCCUGUCUUGAAUUAAAAGGCAACCCUUGGCCAAAAGUAAAACCAGAACCUCCCAAUACUACUGGACAGCUCCACAAUGUGCUACUGAAGGCAUACUUUGAUGACAAAAGAAAAUUUUCACACCUUCGUCCACAUGCCAGUGCUCGGAAUAGUCUUGAUGAAGCUGUAAAUGGUAUAGAAAAGUUAAAUGUUAAUAAAGAUUUGACUCAACAAAAGUCAGACAUACAAAGUGACAUCCAUGUUGUGAGCUCUGGAGAUGAACAUUCUGAUCCAUCAGGAACAAGUGACAGAAAUGUUAAUCAAAUGGGCAAUAAAAGUGAUUUAAAUCUGUCAAAUACUGAAAAUAAAUGUUAAAAAUACA